AUGCCUCUUCCUCCUUCUCUUUCAACCAAUAAGCCCACGUCCCAUCCCUCGACAUCAACAUCCAUCCCCCCCCACCAGGCUCCAGACCCUACAAAACCCACCGAGCCCUCAAUCGAACACCCACAAAUCCCCUACGAUACCAUCUCCGAAUGCACCGUAGUGAGGAUUCUAGGGGUUAUGGGUUCAUAUAUGAAUAUGCCACAGAUACAGAUUGUGAAGAUGGGGGUAGUGGGUAGUACAGAUGGAGAGAGGAAAUGGUGGGAUGAAUGCACGGGGUUGAAGGAGGGGAUUCUGGGCAAAGAGUGGCUGCUGACUCAGGAGGAAAUUGAGAGGUGGAAGAGAAGAGAGAGGAGAAAGGAGAAGGGGGAUAAGGAAGCUGGGGAUAGGAAGAGAGAUGAAGAUAGGAAAGUUAGGGAAAUGGACAAGAGGAGAAAGGGGCGGGAUGGGGAGAAUGCAAUUGCAAAUACAAAUACAAUUCAAGGCAAAAGAGCCAAGGAGCAAGAAGAACGAGCACGCACGAACGCGAAUACAACUCAAACUCAAAGAAACAAGCAAGAAAUCGAAACGCAACUCGAGCGCGCAAAGAGACGAAAAGCAAAUCCACAUCCACAUCCACGUCCACAACCAAAUCCACAAGCACCCACCAACGACCAAGACAAAGACCAAGACCAAGGCCAAAACAAAAACUUCCAAAAACUCCUCGAGGUCGCCACACGUCCCUCCUACUCCAACUCCAACUCCACUUCAAAACCCAUCUCCAAACCCAAACCCUCCCACAAACCACCCAUCCAAAAAAGAAUCAUACCUGUCAACCUUCCCGAUUUAGCCCAAUACGAUACUUUUGGUCUAUGA